AUGCCUUCACAGAAUGGGACUAUCGAUGAGCGUGGAAAGCUUUUUUUGUUAAAUAUUUCCGUCAUAUCAGCAAAGCUGCAUGGUGUUAGCGGUUUAUUUAGUAAGCCACCAGAUGUUUAUGUGGAAUUGAUUGUUGAUUCUGUUUCGUCGCGAAAAACUGUCGUUCGGAAAAAGACGAAUGCACCGCAAUGGGACGAACAAAUACAAGUUCAAGUCCACGAAUCAUCAAUUCUUGAAUUUCGUGUGUUUGGAAAAUCAAAAUUGUUCGAGGAUUCACUGAUUGGUCAAAAAAUACUAAAAAUGUCUCACGCAAUCAAGAAAGAAUCAGAUAAUGGAAAAUUUGACAAUACAAAGAUGACACUACACCUUUCUUCACCGAAAGAUAUGACAAGAAUAGGGGAACUGAAGAUUUUGUUAUCUGGUACCGUUAUACGUCCCAAGAAAAAGAAUACGGGAGGCAAUCAUACUGUGGAAGGGCACGUCGGUGAAGCAUCUACAUCUUGUCCAAAUAAUAUGUCGAAUGGCCUUCUUGUUACUACUACCAGCAGUACUACUGGAGCAGCGAAUAAUACUAGUCGCAAGAAUAAUCCUGGGAAAAGAGACACUAUGCUUUCACAGACUCUCGCUGGUUCGACUGUAAUUGAAGAACGUUUACCAGAAGGAUGGGAAUUGCGUUACGAUGCAUACGGACGAAAAUAUUAUGUAGAUCAUACAACAAAGAGUACAACAUGGGAACGUCCAAGCACAACGCCACUACCAUCUGGAUGGGAAAUGCGACGUGAUCCUCGAGGCCGUGUAUAUUAUGUGGACCAUAAUACAAGAACAACCACAUGGCAGAGACCUACGGCCGAUAUGCUAGAGGCACAUGAGCUAUGGCAGUCAAAUAGAGAUCAGGCGAUGCAUCAGUGGGAGCAAAGAUAUUUGCUACAAUCAAAUACUAUGAUAUCAAAUGAUGACCCAUUAGGUCCGUUACCAAAUGGCUGGGAGAAGCGUGCUGAUCCAAACACGGGGCGUAUAUAUUUUGUUAAUCAUGUUAAUAGAACGACGCAGUGGGAAGAUCCUCGUACUCAAGGCGUAUCGGACGAGCCGUUACCAGAUGGUUGGGAAAUGAGAUUCACGGAGCAAGGUGUACCUUUUUUUAUUGAUCAUAAUACAAAGUCGACUACUUAUAAUGAUCCUCGUACUGGAAAGCCUGUGGGGCCUUUAGGUGCUAACGGAUUACCAAUGAGUUUCGAAAGAACAUUUAGAUGGAAAAUAGCCCAAUUUCGGUAUCUAUGUCUGUCGAACAGUAUCCCAAAUCACGUGAAAAUUUCUGUCUCACGCAACAAUUUGUUUGAGGAUUCAUACCAAGAGAUAAUGAGAAAGAAUCCGGUAGAUCUUCGUAGGCGUCUUUACAUACAAUUCCGUGGUGAAGAGGGUCUCGAUUACGGUGGCGUUGCAAGGGAAUGGUUCUUUUUAUUAUCGCAUGAAGUACUCAAUCCUAUGUAUUGUUUAUUUAUGUAUGCUGGAGCAAAUAAUUAUAGCUUGCAGAUCAAUCCUGCCUCAUUUAUUAACCCUGAUCAUUUGAAAUAUUUUGAGUGUAUUGGACGAUUUAUUGCCAUGGCUCUUUUUCACGGGAAGUUUAUCUACAGUGGAUUUACAAUGCCUUUUUAUAAAAAGAUGCUCAGAAAAAAGUUUACGCUGAAGGAUUUGGAAAGCGUUGAUGCUGAAUUUUACAACAGUUUAAUGUGGAUUAAGGAAAACAAUGUGGAUGAAUGUGAUAUGGAGCUCUAUUUUGUUGCUGAUUAUGAAUUAUUAGGCGGAAUUCGAACUCAUGAAUUAAAGGAGGGUGGCGCUGAAUUGAAAGUAUCCGAAGAAAACAAGGAAGAAUAUAUUGAAUUGUUGAUGGAAUGGCGAUUCAACCGGGGUAUUGAACAACAGACACGAGCGUUUUUCACAGGUUUUAAUUCUGUUUUCCCACUUGAAUGGCUGCAGUACUUUGAUGAGCGUGAGCUGGAAUUGCUGCUUUGUGGAAUGCAGGAUGUCGAUGUUGAUGACUGGCAAAGGAAUACUGUUUACAGGCAUUAUGCACCGCAAAGUAAACAAGUCUUAUGGUUUUGGCAGUUUGCCCGUUCAUUAGAUCAGGAGAAGCGUGCGCGUCUUCUGCAGUUUGUUACGGGAACUUGUCGGGUGCCCGUUGGUGGUUUUUCCGAACUAAUUGGUUCAACAGGUCCACAGCUAUUCUGCAUUGAACGAGUUGGCAAAGAGAACUGGUUGCCACGAUCGCACACUUGCUUCAAUAGACUUGAUUUACCACCUUACAGAUCUUAUGAGCAGCUCGCUGAAAAACUAAAUAGAGCUAUUGAUGAAACAGAAGGUUUCGGAAAUGAGUGA